CAGAGAGAGAGAAAGAGAGAGAGGGUGUGAGGCUGGAAGUGUGUGAGUAAAGAGAGAGAGGGUGAGAGAGAGAGAGAGAAAGAGAGAGAGAGAGAAGCAGCAGUGCGUUGGAGAGGUUGAAGGAGCACUUCUAUCCCGUCUUGUCUUUGGGAGACUAACCUUGUUCAUCUGAGCGCUGUGGGACUGUUUUAUGUUGUUGUUGUCGAGAGAGACGGACCCUUACUCCAGCAUGCUCACUGAGCCUGAGCUACCUCAGGAGUGUAACAGGAUGUCUUCCAAGCGACCAGCCUCUCCAUAUGGGGGGACAGAUGGAGACAUAACCAUGGCAACCAGCAGACAGCGAAUGGAGGAUGACGAGAGCGAGGGACUGGGCGGUGUCAUCCACCUCCCCCUGGUCUCCUACUGCAGCAAAGUGUCCCCUCGUUCGCCCGCCAACCGCAGCUUGGACAGCCCCACCAACAUGGACCAGGACGGCACUAAGAGGAGCUCUCUGAGUCCUUUCCCCCAGCACAAUUCUACCUCACCGGGCAAAGAAGAAGGCGGAGGGGGUGGACGGGCCUGCAGCGACGGGGGCUCCUCCGCGGGCGCCCUGGGAACCCCAGAGAGACGCAAGGGCAGCCUGGCAGACGUGGUGGACACACUGAAACAACGCAAGAUGGAGGAGCUGAUCAAGAACGAGCCAGAAGAGGCCCCCAGCAUUGAGAGGCUGUUGUCGAAGGACUGGAAGGAUAAACUUUUGGCCAUGGGCUCAGGGCACAUUGGAGAAAUUAAAGGUACUCCAGACAGCCUGGCGGAGAAAGAGCGCCAGCUCAUGGGCAUGAUUGGUCAGCUGAGCAGCCUGAGGGAGCAGCUCCUGGCGGCCCAUGAAGAGCAGAAGAAGCUGGCCGCCUCGCAGAUGGAGAAGCAGAGGCAACAGAUGGAGCUUGCCAAGCAACAACAGGACCAGAUUGCCCGGCAACAGCAGCAGCUUCUGCAGCAGCAACACAAAAUCAACCUCCUGCAGCAGCAAAUCCAGCAGGUCCAGGGCCAGCUCCCUCCGCUGAUGAUUCCCGUCUUUCCCCCGGACCAGAGGACACUGGCGGCUGCCGCAGCCCAGCAAGGCUUCCUCAUGCCCCCUGGCUUCAACUACAAGCCUGGCUGCAGUGACCCCUACCCUCUUCAGCUCAUCCCCACAACGAUGGCUGCUGCCGCUGCUGCUGCUGCUGCCACACCUGGCCUGGGACCCCUACAGCUCCAGCAGUUUUAUGCCGCUCAGCUGGCGGCAAUGCAGGUCUCCCCGGGGGCCAAGCAGCACGGAGGCAGCAUGCAGUCCCAAGCUCACCUGGGCAGACACUCGCCACCCAGCAAUACACACUCCCACAGUGACAAAGGCCGCAACUCCCCACAACAAAACAAGACCAAGGACAGUGAGGGUGCACAGCCACUGAACCUGUCGGCCAAGCCUAAGGCAUCCGAGAGCAAGUCACCCAACUCCCCCCCAACUUCCCCACAGGUCCCCGGUGCCGCUGCUGCCAAGCUGGGCCACGCCGGUUCCAUGAAGCACAGCAUCGCCCCCUCCAGCAUUGGAGGACCACCAACCAGAGUCAGCUCCAUAGCAGACUUGUUAUCAUCGCUGUCCUCAACAGCCUACCUGAGCGACCACGAGGCGGUGAGCAAGGCCUUCGCCGAGGCCCGGCAGAUGAAGGAGCACCUGAAGCGGGAGCAGCAGGUCCUGGACGCAAAGGUGGCUGCCGUCACCAACCUUAGCCUCAACAACGGACGCACGGACAAGGACAAGGCCGCCUUGGAGAGUCUGAGUCAACAGCUGAAGCAGCAGGCGGAGGACAAGUUCAGCCACGCCAUGCUGGACUUCACCAUGAGCGGAGACUCUGACGGCUCCCCCAGCGUGUCGGACUCCAGGAUAUUCCGGGAGGCACGGGGUCGCGGCACUAGCGAGCCUCACAUCAAACGGCCAAUGAACGCCUUCAUGGUCUGGGCCAAGGACGAGCGGAGAAAGAUUCUGCAGGCCUUCCCUGACAUGCACAACUCCAACAUCAGCAAGAUCCUCGGCUCACGCUGGAAAGCCAUGACCAACCUGGAGAAGCAGCCGUACUACGAGGAGCAGGCUCGCCUCAGCAAGCAGCAUCUGGAAAAGUACCCAGACUACAAGUACAAGCCGAGGCCCAAACGCACCUGCCUGGUGGACGGCAAGAAGCUGCGUAUUGGCGAGUACAAGGCCAUCAUGAGGUCCCGCAGACAGGAAAUGAGACAAUAUUUCAGUGUUGGCCAGCAGGGCCAGCUGCCCUUGUCCUCAGCGGGCGUGGUUUACCCAGGUGCCCUGUCAAUGGCGGGGAUGCCCUCACCCCAGAUGCCCUCUGAGCACUCAAGCAUGUCCAGCAGCCCCGAACCCAACGCCAACCACCACCAGAACCCCCACAUGCCCAGCUUGAAGGGGGAGGAGCCACGCAUCAAGCAGGAGCUGCGGCUGGACGACAGCAACGGCGACGCGUACGACGACUUUGAAUACGAGGACGAAGAGGUCGACUACACCAGCGAUAACGAGAACCAUAUCACCCAAUAGGACGCUGCGAGAGCCGCGUACUUUUAAAAGCCAAUAACAACUGGUUAACCCCCACCCCUUCAAAACAAUCCCAAACCUACCAAUCAGGAGGAAGAACUUUUGCCAAUCACUUUGACUCCCAAUCUCACAAAAACCUGCCACCCUUUACCCACCUCCUUACUGACAUGGACUCUUUUAACAGAGCCAGACCCCAACCCUAAUACCCCUCUCCCCUCCCACCGGAGUCCUGAUACCAGCAUCUGAUCAAUCAACUGAAGCACAGGACCUGUCACUCACACUGACUGUUACACAAACCGGAGUCUGGGAGGAGGAGACGACCGGAGACGACCAGAGACGACUCCUGAAGCUUGCUGAGGAAUACUCAAGUGCUACUGCAAGAGUUUGAGUAAUGCACCAAGUGAGGAGAAAUAAAAAAUCACACUCAGAAAAAGCAACAUUUAAGACCCGUUUGUAGACGAGGAGACGUUUUGAAAACGAAAAACUACAGAACAGUGGACCUGUCAAAAGGCCAAACAGAUGACACUUUAAGAUGGCGGACCUGUUUGUUAUCAAGAGACACUUUUAAAGAAAAAAAACAGCUUUUUUUGUUCUUUGGUUCUAUAAUAUUCUCACUCAGGUACACGGUGCCAAUAAGUGGCUUGUGAAUGUGAUUUGUUGUUUUUUGUGCUACAAGUUUGAAUAAUAAUAGAAAAAAGAGACAUUUCUUUUCCCCCCCGUUUAGUUGUUAAGCACCUGAGAGAUAUCGGACAUGUUUAUUUUUAACAAAACGAUAUCUUUUCUCCGACCUCGCAGCGUGCUGUCAGCGACCACCCUCCCCUUUCCCUUUUUUUCUCUGUGUUUUUGUGACUUCCCCCUCCCCCACUGACCCCCACCUGUUUGGAAUCCAACGGGAUGGUCCGGCAGCGCAGCGCGGACUGUUCACCCUUUCACUGGAUUUUCAGGGUGGGGGAGGUGGGGAGGAAGGGGGUGAGUCCCGGGGGCGUCACGGAGCAAGACGCGAAAGCACUGUGUUGUGAGACAAUCCGCCAGUUUCCCUCUCGCUCCGUCCCCCUUCUGUCGCGACCUCGUCGCAGGGCGGGACAUCGCUAGGCUUCGACACAGUGUGUGUGUGUGAGUGUCGGUGUGUUCAGUGUACUCAUUUUACUGGGAGUCAUCUUCUUCUUCUUUUUUUGUAUUUAAUGCAAACAAAAGAAAGAAGCAAAAAAACGUCCAGGACACAGAAAAGACAGGACACUCAGGCUGCUUCUGUGCUUCAGGCUACAUCCACACUACUAUGUGUGUGUUUAGAGUCGCUAAAAUGGUGAAGUUUGGAAACGCUGCUGGCUCUGUUUUAAAGUUCUGGGGAGCAGAAACUGAGAUGUUUGAAAACGACAAUAUAGACACUCACAACCGUGGCUUAUUGGGUCUUUCCGGUCACUGCGUAGCAAUCACUGAUUCGUCAGGCUCCUGUCAGAUGAGCCCCUUCAGAACGAAAACUACCAACAUCAGCGUCGGCUACCAGUGUGGGAUGCAACAUGGAUAAUCAAAUACACAUGUUGCUGACCCUGUCGUCUUUGCUAACAGCUGUUGUGCAUUGAAACUACAUUUUACAGUGAUACAACAGCCUAUUUGCAGGAGAUGAGCUAUUAUUCAAGCAAUCUGCGACAAUUCCCAUGUAAACCUGCACGCACAUGCCCAAUGUACGUGGUACGUUAUAUGCGUUCAGGCGGGUUAGAAUGGACGGGUAUUAAAACUGAAACACUCGUUUGAGUUUGGAAACUCCGCUUUCAAACAAAAACGUAGAAGUAUGGAUUUAGCUUUACUGUAGCACACAUAUACACAUUCACAAACAUAUGCACGCACACACACACACACAACUGUUUUUCUGUCCCUCAGUGUUUUCCCACUCCCUCCAAUCAGCGUCGUAUUGCUGUCCCCAGUGGGCAGAGCCGAGGUGAAGUCAGCCAGUCAGUGUUUUUGUUUGUAUUUGAAUACUGUAUUUUAUUAUUUUCUCUUCAAGCUGCCUCUAGUCUAAUAAUAUUAUUAACAAUAAUUAUAAGGACGGUCAGCGUUUCCUAAGUUUAGUAAGUUAUGUACAGUAUAAUUUAUUUUUCUCCUCUUUAUCGGGUUUUUAUGACCAUAUGAAACUAUGACAGUCAAUGAAACAUUAUUAUAUUAUAGCUGUAGGUAUUUAGAUCUAAACAAAAGUUGUCAUUUUACCUUUUCUUUGUUUCUUUGUUCCCUUUUUUUGACGCGUAAUUUUUUUUGUAUUAAUCCUGCGGAUGGGUGGGCAGGUGGGUGGAGUUAGGACAGCGAGCUGGACUGACGGACUCGACACCAGCCCUCCUCCGAGCUGAAGAUGUAAACCUUUCUAUGUCCACACCUAUUUCUGAAAAGCACUCAGACUCUGUGCAGUUCUUUUUUUUAAAUUGUCAUAAUAAUUUUAUUUGUAAUGGUUAUUAUAAUGUAUAAUGUGAAGUUUCCUCUGUUUUAUUUUGCCUUUUUGGGGGGAAAUCUGUUUUCAUCACUUUUGGAAACUGUUUUCAGUGAACAAAGAAUCCCGUCCCCGUUUACUUGUUUGGCCGCCUCACUUAAGACACAGUGGAACAUCAGUGGGUUGGAUCAACACACACACACAUAUGCAUGCACAAACACAAUCACUAACACAUUCACACACACUAAAAACAAAGAGAUUAUCAUGACAACCAAACAAAUCCUAUGCUGUCAUUUUUGUAGUAUUCUAGAUUUAAAAACAUACAUAUAUUUUUUGUAUGUGAUAGGAAAGCAGUGUUUAACACGAUCCACCAAGGGUGUUCCACUGUGUGUGUGCGUUUGUGUGUGUGCAUUUAUGAGUGUGCGUGUGUGUGUGUGAGACGACCAUACGCACUUACAGUAUCAGUCACUUCUCAUCAGGAGCCCUUUGCUUUGUUUUAGCUCCACGCUGAUGCUACAGGAGCCAUGACUACUCUUCAGGUGUGUCGUCACAUAGUGAUCCCCCAACAAUCACAAUAUAGAUGUUCGCCAUGCUCCACUUACUGAGCCUCCGGCUCUUAAUUUUGCUGUAUAGUCACCCCUGCUAUCACGCUGUGGUUCAACCCAAUGCUGGAGAGAGAGGGGGGAGUACAGAGUGGUUCGAGCCACCUUUUAGGGUAUC